CGGUCACGGAUCCGACUGAUGACGGUGAAUAUAGAGACCAUCACACCAGUAUAAUUUAAGUGGUGAUACAAGAAACUCGUGUUAGUGGGAGUGAUUAAUUAAAGGGGUUUUCGCGUUAAGUACUAAACGUUUGCUUGUGACCUUGGAACUAAGUAGCUUAAAGUUAUUAAGACAAUAAUUACAUCAUGUCAGAUAACACACAGGACAUUAUAAAAGAAGCUGCGGCGGCAGCCCUUGACGAUGGUUCACUGCUUAGUACUUUUGACAUAAUCAUGCUUGUCUUCUUAUUUGGUGCAGCUGUGUGGUGGCUUUAUAGUUCCAGAAAAGAAAGCAAAAAGGAUGAUUUACUACUCAGCAAUUAUGCUAUACAGCCCGCGGGUUCAAUAAAAGUUACAGAAAAUUCUUUUAUAAAGAAAUUACAAGCAUCAGGAAGAAGUUUAGUCGUGUUUUAUGGCUCCCAGACCGGUACAGGAGAAGAGUUUGCAGGUCGCUUGGCUAAAGAGGGUAUACGUUACAAAAUGAAAGGCAUGGUAGCAGACCCCGAAGAAUGUGAUAUGGAAGAAUUAACAAAACUCAGAGACAUACCAAAUUCUCUCGCUGUUUUUUGCUUAGCAACAUACGGCGAAGGGGAUCCAACAGAUAAUGCACUGGACUUUAUGGAGUGGUUAAAAAAUGAUCAGGAUCUCUCAGGAUUAAAUUAUGCUGUAUUUGGACUUGGAAAUAAGACAUAUGAACAUUACAAUGCUGUGGCUAUUUAUGUAGACAAACGCCUCGAGGAACUAGGAGCAACAAGAGUUUAUGAGAUUGGGCUUGGAGAUGACGAUGCAAACAUUGAAGAUGACUUUAUUACGUGGAAGGAAAAAUUUUGGCCAUCAGUUUGUGAGAAAUUCAAUAUUGAAAACACCGGAGAAGAAGAGUUAACUCGUCAAUUCCGUUUGAUAACGCAUGUAACAGAAGAAUUAAAGCCAAAUCAAAUAUUCACAGGAGAAAUUUCAAGGUUACUCUCCCUACAGAAUCAACGACCACCAUAUGAUGCUAAAAAUCCUUUCUUAGCACAAAUUAAGGUUAACAGAGAAUUACAUAAAGGUGGUGAUCGAUCAUGUCUCCAUAUAGAAUUAGAUAUAUCCAAUUCCAGCAUGCAAUAUGAAGCUGGUGAUCAUGUGGCUGUGUAUCCUAUUAAUGAUAGUAAUUUAGUUGAUCGACUUGGUCUCUUGACCGGUGCCAAUCUAGAUGAAGUGUUCUCACUUAUCAAUACUGACCAGGAAAGUACCAAGAAAAAUCCCUUCCCCUGCCCUACAUCCUACCGCACGGCUCUGUCGCACUAUAUUGAAAUAACUGCAUUGCCUCGUACCCAUAUCCUUAGAGAACUCGUCGAAUACUGUACAGAUGAAGAGGAUAAAAACCGUUUAUUGCUAAUGGCUACAAAUUCUCAAGAAGGUAAAGCAUUGUACCAAUCAUUUGUGGUAGAUGCAUGCAGGAAUAUUGUUCAUAUAUUGGAAGAUGUCAAGUCAUGUAAACCUCCACUCGAUCAUCUUUGUGAGCUGUUGCCCAGACUCCAGCCAAGAUAUUAUUCUAUUUCUUCAAGUCCAAAGAUGUAUCCUGAGACGGUCCAUGUUACAGCUGUGGUAGUCAAGUACGAAACUCCAACUGGUAGAGUCAACAAAGGAGUUACUACUACCUGGCUAGCAGAAAAUAAACCCGAGCCUGGCAAACCUUUCCCAAGAGUUCCAGUUUACAUAAGAAAGUCCCAAUUCAAGUUACCACUGCAGUGUCAGACGCCGAUCUUGAUGGUGGGUCCGGGCACGGGUCUGGCGCCCUUCCGCGGCUUCCUGCAGGAGCGAGCUCACGCGCGCGCCAGCGGCAAGUAUGUCGGCGACAACAUACUGUACUUCGGCUGUAGACACCGCGAUCAAGAUUAUAUCUAUCAGGAGGAACUAGAAGAGUAUGAGAAAAACGGAGACGUCAUCUUACAUACCGCUUUCUCUCGUGAUCAAGCCCAGAAGGUGUAUGUGACGCACUUAUUAGAAAACAAUUUAGACCAGAUUUGGGAUGUAAUUGGCAAGAGGACUGGACAUUUCUAUAUAUGCGGUGAUGCUAAAAACAUGGCAGUCGACGUCCGUAAUAUCGUGAUCAAGGCUAUUAUCGAAAAAGGAGAACGAACCGAAGCCGAAGCGCUUCAAUUUAUCAAGAAAUUGGAGUCUAUGAAAAAAUAUUCAACAGACGUUUGGAGUUAAAUACAAUUUGACAUCGACGAAAUUAUAGUAAAAUGAGGAGAAACAAUGAAAUAAGUGUUUUCUAGAAGCCAGGAAAUGGGAGGGUCGAUGGAAAAAAAAUUAUGCAUUUCAAACAGUCAAAGUCGCAGCUAGUGUAUUAUACUGUAUGCAAAUGGGUUCAUUUAUAAAUUAAAUUACCUAAUAAUAAUUGUUGUUAAUCGAUUGUGUUAUAUGUAUUUACGAAAUACGUAUACUACGUCAGCAUGUCCAACAAAGUCACGAGGCAGAGGAUCACAUCAAUUAUCCAAAAGGGUUAUUGUGCACUAAUUUUAUACAUAUAUAAGCAAAUUUAAAUUUUUCAAUUUAAAUUAAAGAUCCUUUCUUCAUUCUCUUCAACAUCAUCUUCUAUUAUGUGUGCUGGUAAUAAGUUUUGUAAUGUGAAAUAAAUUUGACUCUGUUUUUAUGUCCAGUAUCGAUUCUAUAUAUCUAUAUAGAAACUUUUUCAACAAUUCAAUAACGUCCAAUCAAAAAAACUUCAGCUCAUCUAAUUUUUGUCUGUUUAGCUUUUUCAUCCACUCAAUUUCAGUAUUUUUUUCUUCAAUUCUUUCGGUCAAAUAUUAAGCUUAUUAUUAUAUUAACUAAGCUAUUUGUAUUACAAGGUUGUUUGGGUUCAUUAUUUUUAUUUUGACUAAAUAAUAACUUCACAAUUGUAAGUACAUUUAACUAAUUAAAAUAAUUGAACAAUUUAAUUGUCAUAAUAGUAUCAAGGAUGUUUCUCUGCUAAGAUUUUCGAUAAUUACGGACAUUUAUUUCUGAUUUAUAAAUAUGAAAGCCCUACAAUUGCGUUAAGAUUUACAAUAAAAUAAUACCACGAGUUUUAACAUAAUUAAUAUAAAUGUACGAAAAUUGAGAGAAGGAAAAUAUAAUACCAUUAUAGAUUGGACUGUACAAGCAUACACUUAUCAUUUGUUUUUGUUUGACUCUUAGAACAAUUUAUGAGCAACUUAUUUUAUUAUUUUUGAAUAAAUAGCCUUGUUUUUUAUCGUUGUGUGUAAUUUUGAAUUAGUAGCUACAUAUAUUAAUUUUAUAGUAUAUAAGUGGACUGGGAUAUAUAAGUGAAAUAAAAAUAUUUUAAUUUUAUAUAUAAAUGGCAUUAUUUUAUUAAUUAAAUAUUUCAUAACAUA